CCUUCUGAAAUGUUUGGAGUCUCUCAUCUUCCUUUCGUGUCCUACAACGACAGCUUUGCUGGCACUUACUUUGGCAUCGCUUCGGCGCAGCAGCGCUGCUCCAGAAGCAUCCCACCCUCUUCAAGCAGGACCUCCACAAUCAUGAGCCUUUCCCACAACGAGCAGCUUCCUGGGAAGGACCACACUUGUCAGUGAUGGUGGCAGAUUUAAGAAGAUGUCCCCUGCAGCCAGGCGUAAAGUCUAUAGCCCCCACUGCGCUCGACGCGGCGAUCUGUGUUCCGCGCCUCACAGUUUUGGGGAAAUGACAGUAGAUGGCACUGGAGAAUAGCAGCACAGAAGGAUGGAUCCCUUGUGAAACGGAGCCUCUGUUUAGCCGGUUUUCCGUCCCCGCGGAUUGCUAAAACGCUUUGCUGCAUUCCCUUUGCAAGCCCAGUAUGACUCGAAGCCUGAAGGCUUGGGACGCGGGAGUGCUGUUUCAGAAAAGUGCCUGGGAAGCAAGGCUGUGAGUAAAAGCCUGCUGAAGAUAUUUUGCUUCGUUCCGGGGGGUGUUGGAGUGAUUGUUUUGCCAGCGCUUUCCCUGCAGCUCUGUGUUGGACCUGGCUCCAAAGAGCACAGCUAAAUCAGGUUUAAAUCCAUGGUUAUUCCUUCACCUGGAUGAGCUGUCGCUCCUGCCGGGUGGUGGAGCAGCGAGAGCGCCUGACAGAAGGAAAGGAAACAUCCCGGGGGUUGUCUAGUUUUCUUUGGAGAUUGUGUUCCACACGCCAGCGAAAGAGGAGCAGACAACUCUCGGUGGUUCUAGGAGGAAUUAGGGUAGAAAGUGACUCAGCAGCUCCCGUGUCUGCUCCUUUAAUGGGAAGUAGGAAGAAAGCAGAUAGUGGCCGCCCUAAAAGCCUGGGAAAAUUCGGAAAAUGUUCGGAGUUUCCAAGAAAAACCUUCAUAGCCUUCUCCUAGAAGCCACCAUGGGGAGAGAGGCGGAGGGGUCCCAGCCCAGUCUGCAUUAUGUGUGCAGCCUUCUGUGUGUGUGCUUGGGAAUAGGAGCUUUUCCCACGUGUAUUUCCUGCUUUCUCAAUCCUCCUCCUUUAGCUGCGUCCAAUCCCUGUGCAGUGAAACCACACAAACUCUGAAAAGGCAGCUCCUAAACCCGGUGUGUCCCUCUCUCCCAGGAUCACUUCACAGCAGUCACAGGAAAUGAGCACAGGGCAGCACAAAUGCCACCAAACAGCUCGAGGAGCAAGCUGAUAUUUCAAGAGAAUAUAUGGAGAACACAUGAAUAUAUGACAAAAAAUGCAUCACCUUUCACCAACUGAAAUAAGUUUUGUCCUUGUCUAACUGCCUUUAAAUCACAGUGACAUCACUGACAGCUUUUAUGCUUUAAAGGCUGGGGCAUUUUUCCUGUAGUGCUUUAUCAAAUUAUAACUUCAGUUUAUCAGAUAUAAGAUAUUAGGUAUUAAUUAUUAACUUUAUGUGCUUUAUCCUAAUCUGUUCAGUCUUAUAGCAUGGCUUUUUAAAAUCCUGUUCAGUCUUAUAGCACGGCCUUUUAUAACUGAAAUACUGUUUUGCUGACAACUCAUCCCUCCCUGUUUCUGAGGAUAUUUUCUUGCCUGUUACAACCUUGGGAUUUUGCUUGAAUUCUGAACUGCCACUUCAGUGGAGCAAUUUAUAACUUUUUAAGGAAUGGUAUGAAGUGUGAAGGCAAGUGGUCCCUGAGGGAACUCCUUCUGUGUUGUAUCUGGGGCAGCCUCUGCUGCUCCCUUUUAUGGAGGGUGCUGGGCUCUUUGAGGUUGUGGAAGACGGAUGUGGCCAGUGCUGUGUUUACUCCAGCUCUUCAGGCCCUUUGCAGAGAGCCAAGUUCUCACUGGUCCCUGGGAAAUAUCCCAGCAUGAGGGAAGUUCUUCCACUAUUGUGUUAUUCCAGCUUUGCUCACUGAGGAGCCAAAGUCAGAGGGCCACUCUGCCAUCAGAGGUUUGUAUCGAUCCCCUCCCCUGUGACUGGAGCUGGGAGCUCCUUUUGGAGCACGUGGAUGGAGCAGAGGAAAGAUUUUUAAUCCUGUUCUUGUGCAGAAAUCUUCCCAAGAGGCAAUUCUUUCCCUUUCAUGAAGUUAUUUUAAGCAUGUUGGAAACUUGCACUGAAAGCGUGAGAUAAUCUACCAAUAUAUAUAUAAAAAAAAAGUAUGGUUGGGUUUCCAAACCGAGGAGGAGAAUAGAUAAGGUGUUACCUUUUUAUUGCUGCUGCAGUAUGAAUUUUCCCUGAGGGAUGACUUGGGAAGAGAAUCAUCAUCACCACCAUAAACCGGUUAAACAGGAAGGAAAAGCUCCUGCUGGAAAAGUUACGCCUCCUUGAUAGUGAAAGCGCGCAGGUCACCUGAAAAUGUCUGUGAGCAGGAAGGCACAGGAGGCUCUAUAUCCUUCUAACAAAUUGUGUUUCAGAGGUAUGUAGCUCCAGUUCUGAACAUCGCUCUCUUGGCCUUGGAAGUACUAUGAGACUUUCCUGAGGACCAGAAAGGACUGAAGGGAACAAUCAGCCAUGGCACAUUUUGGGAGGGUGCCCUUGUCACCCAGUGAACUCUGUGAAGGACAGCCUGUGGCCCAAGCACCUUACCCAAUGUGCCAUUCUGGUUCUGAUGGAGACAUCCCCCUGGGAUUUGAUCGAAUAGUGGAUGAAGUCAGCAAUGAAUUCUUUUUUUAUGGUUCCUCCCAUCCACAUCAUCAUGAAGAAAUGUUCUUCCCGUCGGACCCUUUAGGUCGGAAUGUGCCCGACCAGCAUCUUUGCAGUCAUCCUCUCCUUGCCUAUGGAGAACUUUACCCUGGAAAUCCAGUCCCUCACUGGCAGCAAGGCACAGUGUCACCAAUGGUUGGCUUCAGACCUUCUUUACUGCCUGACUGCAGAAACUUCUCUGUGGUGGAUUCCCACCCCUACAGUCACGAGAGACAGCUCCACGGGAGGAGGAGUGUAAAUUCAGUUUCGAGUCUGGAAAGGGGCAAGACAAAUCUGGAGUUUCAGAUAGGCUUUGACAAUCUGGGUGCUCCAAGUCCUGCUUUCUUAGACAAUUAUCCAUUUGGACAAAAAGUGAGAGAAGAGAGUGGAAAUGGGGAAGCUUCUUCAACCAACACUUCCAGAAGAUGCAACAUAGGACCUACUCACCCCCAGGGCUCUGGACAUAACAGAGAGGUUGCAGAUUGGUCUAUCCAGCUGAUUGAAGCAGAUCAAGGAAGUAAUGAAAACACAGUUGGCUUUUGCAAGGCAGUGGAGAAAAUCAGAAAUGCCUAUCCUGCUUUUGAUUUGGAGACAAAUACUGGGAAAAUCUGGAGUGUUGCAACGAGAUUCCCAGAGCAUAUCCUUGGUGGAAAAAAAUUCAGAAUCAGCAUUUGGACAGAUUUUUCACCACAUCCUCUACUUCUUACACAACAUGCUGGCUGUAUCACUCGCGACUUAAUUGUGGAGGUCCUCCAUUGCACAAAUCAAUACCCAGCCCGGGAGGAAUGCCUUCUGAGUGUUCAUGGGUCUGAUGAAUUCUUACAAAACAACUGUACUUUGGGAAGCCAUGAAAGUCUUCGCAAGGCCACCGCCUGCAUUCAGCUUCACCUACACCACACUGCAAAUUUGAAGCCAAGUUUGGCUCGAACAUGUGAGGAUGACCAAAGAAGGUUCUGUGUGAAUGAGCUGUUAGAAGACAUUUGUGCCUGGAGACUGAUUCGGCAGAACCUCAUCUCUGUUAUUAUGAACUACAGAGGUCAAGUGGAAUAUCUGCUGCAAAAUGAGAAUAAUGUCGAUAACGUGAUUGAAGCAGCUAAAGCCAUCUGCAGUGUCCUCUGUUUUGUGGAAACCAGAGAUGUUACUGACGCAGUCAGGAAACUCCGUGCUUUGGUGAAAGCACAGAAUUCUCUUCAAAGUGUGGAAACACCAAGCAAAGUGUUAAUAGAGGCUGCUGUGACAGAGCUCUCCACAGCCAUCUCUCGUCUCAUCCACGUCUACAGCAGCAGCUUUGAUGCAAAUUUCCAGCUUGCCAGCAUACCUAAGCGCCCUUUUUGUGCAGACAUCAGCCUAAAUUCCCAGCUGAGCUUCACUGUCUGUGCUGCCCAUAACAUCCCAGAGGCCUGGGUGACCAGGUACAAAGUUUUCUCUUUUUCCUGUUUACUAACUUAUGCUGGGAAGACAAUAUGUCAAGCGAAGAUUUGCAAAAAUACUCCAGUUAAAAGCUCCUUCUUUUUCCUGGCUGACUGGAAUGAGAAGGUCAACUUCCCUCUACGAAUAAAGGCUCUUCCAAGGGAAACUAUGCUGACAGUAAAACUACUGGGAGUGAACAGCACCUCUAAAAACACAGAAGUGCUUGCUUGGACAUGCACCCCAUUGUAUGCAAAAGAGAGGCUCACCCGUGGAACCGUGCUGCUCAGCAUGGCGCUGCACAGCACCCUCCCCACAGCGGCGAUCACCCCGGGCAUCUGCAGCACCGAGACACCGACCUCAGUCACGCUGCAGAUCAACUUCCCAGAAGCUGAUUUAGAGUUCAUUAAACCCGAACCUGAAGAAAGAAGAGGUGAUCAUGUAGAGCCAACCCAAGAGUGCCUGCAGCACAUUGCAAGACUUUCACAGAGACAUUCUCUCUUGCUACUCUCAGAGCAACAGAGAAGAAUCUUGUGGUUUUAUCGCUACUCCUGCAAUAACCAAAUCUGCUCCCUCCCUCUGGUGCUGGGCAGUGCCCCCAGCUGGGACAGAAGCACUCUGUCAGAAAUGUACACCUUGCUGAGGAGCUGGAGAUUUUCCAGCCCUCUAGAGGCACUUGGGCUGCUGACUUUCAGUUUUCCAGAUCAAGAUAUUCGCGGAGCAGCGGUCCAACAAAUAGAAAAUGUGUCCAAUGAUGAAUUGUUGGAAUACCUCCCACAGCUGGUUCAGGUGCUCAAGUUUGAGUGGAGUCUUGAAAGCCCUCUGGUGAAACUCCUGCUGAAUCGUUCUCUUCAGAGCAUCCAAGUAGCCCAUCAGCUCUACUGGCUGCUGAAGAAUGCACAGAAUGAAGUUCAUUUCAGAAUGUGGUAUAAGAAACUACUGGCUGCUCUCCAAUUCUGUGCUGGACAUGCCCUGAACAAUGAGUUUUCUAAGGAAGAAAAACUCAUCAGAAUUCUGGAAGACAUUGCCAUAAAAGUGAAAGCUGCCAGUGACCCAAAAAGACAGGAGGUGUUAACGGUGGAGCUCAGCAGACUCGAGCAGUUCUUCCAGGAGGUGAAGGUUUGCCGGCUCCCCCUGAACCCUGCACUUGCUGUCCAAGGUGUAGAGGCAGAUUCAUGUUCCUAUUUUACAUCCAACGCCUUUCCGUUAAAAAUCUCCUUCAUCAAUGCGAAUGCUCCAAGUGGAAACAUCAAUGUUAUUUUUAAGAUAGGUGAUGAUCUACGUCAAGACAUGUUGGUUCUGCAAAUUAUCCGAGUGAUGGACAGCAUUUGGCUCCAAGAGGGACUGGACAUGCAAAUGAUCAUUUAUAGGUGUUUAUCUACUGGGAAAGGACAAGGACUGGUACAGAUGGUGCCAGAUGCUACCACACUAGCGAAGAUCCACAGGGAGUCUGGACUGAUAGGACCACUGAAAGAAAACACAAUUAAGAAAUGGUUCCGCCAUCAUCAUCCUCUGGAAUCAAGUUACCAAGAGGCCAUAAGGAAUUUCUUUUAUUCCUGUGCUGGCUGGUGCGUUGUUACCUUCAUCCUGGGAGUCUGUGAUCGACACAGUGACAACAUAAUGCUGACAAAAGCUGGACACAUGUUCCACAUCGAUUUUGGAAGAUUUUUGGGUCAUGCACAGAUGUUUGGAAGCAUAAGAAGGGACCGGGCUCCCUUCAUCUUCACAUCAGAGAUGGAGUAUUUCAUAACAGAGGGUGGAAAAAACCCACAGCGUUUUCAGGAGUUUGUGGAGCUUUGCUGUCGAGCUUACAAUAUAGUCAGGAAACACAGCCAGCUAAUCCUGAACCUGCUAGAGAUGAUGUUGCAUGCAGGAUUGCCUGAGCUAAACAGCAUCCAGGAUCUGAAAUAUGUGUAUGAUAACCUCCGUCCUCAGGACUCAGAUCUCCAGGCCACAAGCUACUUUACAAGGAAAAUAAAGGAAAGUUUGGAGUGCUUUCCUGUUAAACUCAACAACUUGAUCCACGCGCUUGUGCAGAUGUCAGUGGGGAGCUCUGCCAAGCCUCCAGCUCCAGAGACCGUCCCCCAGGAAUGGAUGAUGCUGGACACAGAGAGGUCAAUCUCCAGGGCCACCAUCUUGGGAUUCAGCAAAAAGCCUGACCCCGAAUACCUCAUCCAGGUGGUGCAAACCUGCAAUGUGGUCACCUUCGUGGAAAAAUCAUUCGACCAGUUCUCAAAACUUCACAGCCAUCUCCAGAAGCAAUUCCCACCUCAUGCCCUCCCAGAGUUUCCCCACUCAUGGCAUUUACCUUUCACGGAUCUUGAACAUAAAAGGGUGAAGGAUUUGAACCUCUAUCUGAAGCAGCUAUUAAGUGGCUCCAGGAAACUGGCUAAUAAUGAGCUUGUACUCAGCUUCUUCCUCAAUUGGUCCAAAAAUACCUUGGCAGAAGAUCCGUCAUAUCUGACCUUAGGUCCUCAGUCAGCUGGUCACAAGCCUGGAGUACAACUGGUGAUAUCCUACGAGAACACCCGUCUGACAAUAAUGCUGAAACACAUGAGGAAUCUCCGCCUCCCAGAUGGCUCUGUCCCAAGUGCACAUGCUGAAUUUUAUCUCCUGCCAGAUCCUUAUGAGGUCAGUCGAAGGAAAACAAAAACAGCUCCAAAAGGCUCUGACCCUACUUACAAUGAACUUAUUGUGUAUGACAGAGUCACAGAGCUCCAAGGCCGGAUACUGAAGCUCAUUGUGAAAAGCAAAGGAACAUUUGUGGGAGCUGUUAACAUUCAACUGAGCAGUGUCCCGUUCAAUGAAGAAAAGUGGUACCCACUGGGAAACAGUGUAAUUUAAAUGUUCUCCAAGAUGAUUCAAUUAUUUGCCCACUAAUGUUUCUUUAUCCCAUUUCCCACGGUACAUUUUGUCUCAGUUGCCCUUGAGAAUAGGCAGUCAUCUGCUGAGCACAUAUCCUAACAUUUUUAACCAUAAGGUCAUUGUCUUAAACGUGCUACCAUCUUCCUGCCACAGUGUGAGUUUAAGGAAUCACAUGCUAAGGACUUGUAGCAACAUGCAGAAAGUUCCUAUGAUGGCAGUGAAGGGUUUGGUUUUGUUAACACUGAAUAGCACUGUAAAAAUACUGAAUUCUGUACACAUUAGUGUGUGGGGCCUCAUUCUUUGCCCAUUAAUUCCACUGACUGUGUUGAAAGAAUGCUGAUAAUGAUGCAAUUUAUCAUCACUGCAUGUGAUGAGCUCACCAAAAAAACAUGCAAUGGUUCCCUGCCGAUAUAUUUCUGAUGUCCAGCAAAUUCCACAUUGAAUCUUACCCAAUCAAUACUUUGUUUUCUUAAGAACUUUAAAAGUUUUGAUAAAAUGUAACAUUUAAUCCAGGAUAUUAAUUUGUCAAUAAUAUAUUUCGCUGUUUCUUUUAUUCUGACAUCCAAGAGGCAGAUAUAACUGGUCAUUCGUCUGAAGAAAGAAGGAGGGAGAACCCAAUGUUCAUGAAUAAAGAGAAUAUAUUGAAUGUGAGCUUUCAGUGAGGGGUUUAUUUGAGCUCAUGAUACCACAGAUAUUUGUUCAGCAGUCUUCCCACAUUGCACUCCUAUGCUGCAUAAGGGGUUCGAGUCAAUACAUGCAUUGAAUAGACCUCAGGGCUAUAAAAUACAUGUUUAUGUAUUAAAUAAUGAACAUGAGUGGUUCCUUUAAGUUCAGAGAUGCUAAUUAUGUGCUCUGUUUUUCUCUAAUUUGAGGAAGCACUUAAGCACAUCUUUAAGCCUUUGGCAUGUGAGCAGCCACAAUGAACUGCCCAUUAUUGCCGGACUCUUGCACAUACCUGCUGACCAUGUAAAUAAACCUUUUCAGGGCCAGGGACACAUUUUUAAGGCACAGGAGAUGUGUUGAUUUGUGACCUGAUCUGCUGUAAAUUUUAAGUUACCAUAUACUGGACAGAUCUGACAUUUGUCCUACCAGGUGGAACAGUGGUCAACAGAGGGGUAAUAAUCCCAGAAAUGAAGAUAAUUGCCUUCUUCUCCCAAAGGAUGCUUGCAUUAGUCUUCAGAAUAUAAAGUUAUAUAAAGCUCCUGAAGUGGGACUUGGAGUGUUAGUUAGGAAAUUAAAUAAGCUGGAGUUUUUCUCAGCAUCAAACCCAUGGACUUGAUCAGGUUUUAUCUGAUACUUUCCCCAGUCAAACUGGUGUACUAAGCUCCUCCUCUUCAGCAAGGGGAGAUGAGGGGAAUUCUGAAUAUUAAUAAUAUUAGUCUAUUCAGAGCUGUAAGAAACUGUAAAAUAUUUACCACAUGCAAGGGAUAUUGGCUGGCACACGGAAUAUCAUCUCCACAAAGAUCAGGACAGCAAACAUUUUAUACUACAGCCUCUCCCGGGAAAUGAAUCAAGUGUCUUGUCAUUCAAGCACAGAAAACACACAGAGACCAGCUUACAAAGUUAUCAAAUUACCUGACCUUACAGUUCAAU